CGUAGGUAGUGAAUUUACGUGGAAGUCCUAACUCGUUCAAUUUCUCGCAAUUUACGUUCGUGCGAACAUUUAUAGAAAUUGAAGUUUUUAUUAAGUAAAUAAGUAAUUAAUAUAACAUCGUACAAAGAUGGCGGAUACUGCUAAUUCACCAAGUGAUAAUUCAGUGGAAAAAGAAGAAGGUUGGGUUGCUUUGAAAAAGCACAUUAUUCAAAAUAAGAUUAAAGUUGGAUUAUGGGUCACAAGACUUUUUACUAUCAUAUUUACUGUUGGUCACAUCUUUCCCAUAUUUGGCAAUUCUUAUAACAUUUAUUAUAAAGUAUUAAUGAGUAAUGCAGCCACUAGUGCACUACGUCUUCAUCAAAGGGUACCACGUGUUCAACUCAAUAGACAAUUUUUGGAGCAUUUAUUUCUUGAAGAUUCCUGUCAUUAUUUAUUCUAUUCUUUAAUAUUUCUGUAUGCAGCUCCUGUUACAUUGGUGUUAACUCCUAUAUUCUUAUUUGCAUUAAUACAUUUUGCCAGUUAUUCUCUAGUACUGAUUGAUUGUUUAGGACAAAACAGUUGGUGGGGAGCACGUCUUUUAAUAUCUUUAGUGGAGUUUCAAUCACGAAAUAUUUUGCGUAUUUGCGCAUUAUCUGAGCUAAUUAUUCUGCCAUUCACUGUUCUUCUUGUAUUCACGGGUCGUGCUGGUUUAUUGACACCAUUUAUUUACUUCCAAUUUUUAAAAUUACGUCUCGAUUCACAAAGAAAUCCAUUUACUCGCAACGUUUUCUAUGAAAUUAGAAAUGGAUUAAGUUCAGUCUCACAGAAACCAACAGUGCCAAUUAUAAUACGACGGAUAAUUGAAGGUCUAUUGUUACUUACACAACAAAUGGUCCCAGUUCGUCAAUAA